CUUUACUUGGACAAACAAAAGAAGAGGUGACCGGAACAUUAAAGGCCGUCUUGAUUGAGCCCUUUGCUCCCCCUCUUGGCGAGGACUUUUUGAAGAAAGUACUCUCUUCCAUGAGAGCGAUGUUGGUUCGGACCAUCGAGCUCUCCGUCUAGAGCUUCACUCACCAGGGUCUUGGAGCAAAAGACCUUUUCGAUUCGAUGACAGAUGGAUUGGUAAGGAAGAUUGUGAUCAAGUUAUUUUAAAUGCUUGGUCUGCAGGGGGAUCCCAUGACCAGCGGUUAAAAUGAUGUGAAGAGCAUUUAAAAACUUGGGCCAAGGAAACGAAUGAAGCCCAAUAUAAGAAGGAAAGGGAAAUCAAAAUCCGACUGGAUUUUCUUGCCCAAGCCAUUCGAAUAGAGGAGGUUCAUGAAGAAGAAACCAAACUUUUAGAAGAGCUGGAUUGUAUCUAGAGGGAUGAAGAAGUUAAGUGGCAGCAACUGUCCAGAAUUCAGUGGCUGGCCAAAGGUGAUCGGAACACCAACUUCUUCCAUAACUCGACGGUUUUUAGAAGACAUUACAAUCGUAUCCUCGGAUUGAAAGGUCAAGAUGGAAGCUGGAUCAAACAACCGACUCUACUUGCAGCUCACAUCAAUGACUUUUACAAGGAUCUUUUCACAGCAAAGGAGAUCGAGUUUGAUAAUGAUAUUCUAGCUGAUUUCCCCCGACUUGUAACAGAUAGCAUGAACUUGGAGCUCACUAAACCUGUUACAAGGGAAGAAGUUAAACAAGCUGUCUUCUCUUUGGGGCCUCACAAAUCUCCCGGACCAGACGGCUUCACGGGUGUCUUUUUCAGGAAGUAUUGGAGUACGGUUGGAGAAGAUCUUUGUAAGGAGGUGCAAUCUUUCUUUUCCACGGCUACCCUCCCUCAGGGAUGGAAUGAUACACACAUUGCCCUUAUCCCAAAGAUUCCAUCUCCGGAGAAAGCUAGCCAAUUCAGACCUAUCAGCUGUUGUAACUUCAAGUACAAGGUGGUUUCUAAAAUCAUGUCGACCAGGAUCAAGAAAUUCAUGCCUUGCCUUGUCUCGGAAAUGCAAGCAGCAUUCACCGGUGGCCGUUUGAUUCAGGACAAUAUCACUAUAGUGCAUGAGGUUCUACAUCAUUUUAAGAACCGACGUCAAGGGAAGAGAUUUGACUUGAUGCUCAAAAUGGACAUGAGAAAGGCCUUCGACUUGGUGGAUUGGAACUGCCUUGAUCCUUUGCUCAUUGCCUAUGGGUUCAACCACUCGUGGUGCAAAUGGAUUAAAGAAUGUGUCCGAACUGUUCGAUUCUCCAUCUUGGUCAAUGGGAGCCCGACCGAGUUCUUCUCUCCAUCAAGAGGCAUACGACAGGGAGACCCUCUCUCACCUUUCUUAUUCAUUCUUAUGUCGAAUGCCCUCUCCUUUUUGCUUGAUAAGGGUGUCUCCCAAGGGACCAUCCAUGGUAUCAAGAUCAAGCCUAAUUGUCCACGGAUUUCUCACUGCUUGUUUGCAGAUGAUACUGUUAUUUUUGGGAGAGCAUCUAUGGAGGAGGCUGAAGAGAUAAUGAAGAUCAUUAACACAUACAAAUCCUUAACCGGCCAAGAGGUCAACAUCGAGAAAUCCCCAGUCUUCUUCAGCAAAAACUCCCCGGAUGAUCUCAGAAACAACAUCACUAAUCGAAUCGGCUUCCCCUCGGCCAUUUGUCAUGACAAAUAUCUGGGAGUCCCGACGGAAUAGGGAAGAUCAAAGAAGGAGACCUUUGCUUUUCUCAUUGAGAGAAUGGAAAAGAAAGGAGAUUCUUGGAAAAGUCUCACCCUUUCUCACGGAGGAAAGGAAACCUUGCUCAAGGCCGUUAUUCAAGCAAUCCCAACCUUCAUCAUGAGCGUCUUCCUCCUUCCUACUUCCCUCACCAAGAAAAUGGAUUCCUUUCUUCACAGAUUUUUUUGGUCCGGCUCUAUGAAAAAGCGAUCCAUUCCUUGGCGAAAAGGGGAAGUGCUCAAUGACUCUAAAAUGAAUGGUGGGUUGGGUUUUCGAAAUUUCCGAGACUUUAAUUUAUCUUUGUUGGCCAAACAGGGAUGGAGACUGAUCAACGAGCCACAGUCCCUUUGGGCACGUUUGAUGCGUGGUCUUUACUUCCCAAACGGUAGGGCUGGGAAACGGUGCGGUCUGGUCCAGACCAGACCAUAUACACGGUCUGUGGUCCAGACCGAGAGGGUAGAACAGAGACCAUGGACCAGACCAUAACCUAUACGGUCCAGACCAGACCACGCCUGUGCGGUGCGGUCCGGUAUGGUCUGGACCGAGUAGACCAUGUUCAACAAAACCUGUAUUAUCCA